CUCUCAACUUCCUAUUGAGCUGUGGCAUCAUGCACGUAUCGAGUCAGCGAACUCGGCUGGUAUCGUUUGUCACGAAUAAAAUUCGACUCACAGAGGUUCUGUCAUCCCAUGAUUAAGCGCAUCGCAGGACCAGUGACAAGACUCAACAACAUCUCCGCGGGUGGACCCCACCUUGCGUCUUUUCCUUCCGCUGUCGGCUUUUAUUCACAACUCGCAUCUCCGCGCCUUCGGGGUGCUGUGCACCGCUUCAACCGGGCGAGCUUCACCUCCUUCCACUGCCCAUCGACCACACGCCAGAGGUUGACGGUACCGCCAAGUUUGCGCAAGAUGGCUACUUCGGCAACGGUAGAGGAGCAGGCGAAGCUGGUCGAGACAUCGAAGCGGCUUGCUGCCUUCCAGGCGGUCAAGGACUACCUGCUCCCCGAGUACACCAGGAUAGGCAUCGGCUCCGGCAGCACCGUUGUGUACGUGGUGGAGGCCAUUUCUGAGCUCGGUUCCGCCGUCACAUCCAAGAUGGCCUUCUACCCGACCGGCUCGCAGUCCGAGGAGCUGAUCGAAGCUGCCGGUCUAAACCUGCAGUACAUCAGCAAGCUGCCCGCCGGCCAGCAGCUGGAUGUCGCUUUCGACGGCGCCGACGAGGUGGACGACGACCUGAAUCUGAUCAAGGGUGGCGGCGCUUGCUUGUGGCAGGAGAAAAUCGUGGCGGCCAGCGCCAAGCAGUUUGUCUGCGUCGCCGAUUUCCGCAAGCUCUCUACGCGCUUGGGGAUGGCCUGGAAGAAGGGCAUUCCCAUCGAGGUGUUGCCCAUGGCUGCGCCGAGGGUCCUCGGCGAGUUGCAGCGGAUGGGCUCGCAGAACCCUCGCAUCCGGCCCGGGCUGCCGGGCAAGGCCGGCGCCAUCGUCACCGACAAUGGCAUGUGGAUCAUUGACGCGCCCUUUCCGCCGCUCUUGCUACCGAAGGACAUCGAAGCUGGUUCUCAGACCGGCAACAGCACGGCUGGCGUGUGGACCGUCGACGCACUGGCGGACGCACUGAUCAAGAUUCCGGGCGUGGCCGAGAUAGGCUUGUUUUAUGGCAAAAACGGACUGCAGCUGGCCAGUGGUGCGCAGAAACCCGUGGCGGCCUAUUUUGGAAUGGCUGAUGGCACGGUCGAGGUCAGAACACCGUCCUCUUGACCUGGACCAGUUCGCUUCUGGCCUCACUUCCGCAAACUCGUCGCUCCGGGUCGCGGCUACGAUCAUGCAUGGGAGGGAGGCAGGUGGUGAUAUGAGGGAGCAUCCCUGAAUGAGACGGGCUUCCAGGCUGCAUUGCCUCCGUUGUCUGCGUGCUGGAGACGCUGGUUUGACGAGGGCCCUCGGGGUUCGGCGAGGACGGGAUUAGUUACCACACACUUCUCCGUCCACGGACGAAACCCUGCCAGGGACAUAAGCAUCAUCCAUGUACUCUGCAGGC